GCGACGGGUGACUUACAUGCACGUGUUGGCCUUCAGAUUUCAACUUCUCCGGUGCCGCUGCCGGCUGCGUGGACGUGGGUCGUUUGCAAAAUUUCUGCCGACAUUUGGCUGUGGAAUGUCAGAAGUUGUAACUGCCAGUUCCAGCGGUGCGCAGUUGCGGAGCGGCACACCAAGUGUUUUAAGCAUUUUCUUUGCAUUUGAAUGAGCGGCUUGCCUGAAUGCCGUCAAAGCUCGCUGUGAAGGGAAGGAAAAUUUCAAAAAUGUUUCAAAUUCCUGUGGAAAAUCUUGACAGCAUCAGGAAGGUACGAAAAAAGGUGAAGGGCAUUCUUGUGGAUAUAGGGCUUGACAGCUGCAAGGAGUUGCUGAAGGACCUUAAAGGCUUUGAUCCUGGAGAGAAGUACUUUUAUAACACAUCAUGGGGCGAUAUUUCUCUCUGGGAACCUUCUGGGAAGAAAGUGAGAUAUCGAACAAAGCCGUACUGUUGUGGCCUCUGUAAAUACUCCACAAAAGUGCUUACUUCAUUCAAAAAUCAUUUACAUCGCUACCACGAAGACGAAAUUGACCAGGAGCUGGUGAUCCCCUGCCCAAACUGUGUAUUUUCCUCUCAGCCCAAAGUGGUGGGACGGCACUUCAGAAUGUUUCAUGCACCUGUUCGGAAAGUGCAGAACUACACCGUGAACAUCUUGGGGGAGACUAAGUCGUCCAGGAGUGACGUCAUCAGUUUUACGUGUUUAAAAUGUAACUUUUCAAACACAUUGUACUACAGCAUGAAGAAGCAUGUGCUGGUGGCCCAUUUUCACCACCUAAUUAACUCCUACUUUGGCCUGCGAACUGAGGAAAUGGGUGAGCAACCCAAAACUGACGAUCCCCCUUCUACGGAGAAAAUGCCAUCCUCUGACAAGUAUUACUGUAAAAAGUGCAACGCCAAUGCCAGCAGUCAGGAUGCGCUGAUGUAUCAUAUUUUGACAUCAGAUAUACACAGGGAUUUGGAGAAUAAGCUCAGGUCUGUGAUUUCAGAGCAUAUUAGGAAGACUGGACUUUUGAAGCAAAUGCAUAUUGCUCCCAAACCAGCUGCACACUUGACCAUACCACCAGGCAGCAGCGCUCCAGGUGUCGCCGCCACGUCCCCUUGUUUUCAUCUCGCCUUGCCACCAAACAGUCAAAGCCAGACCACAGUCCAGCCAGUUCAGGGCUCAGUCCAGCCAGUGACGGUGGCCUCGGGUACUUCUGGAAGCCUCACCCAUUCUCCGCCUGCCUCUGCCCAGUCCCACGUGACUCUGGUCUCCAGUCCCCUGCCUGGGGGCCAGAGCAGCCUCACUGUGCCACCCUCAGGGCCGCAGCCUGUCUUCCUUUCUCAUGGAGUCCCACUUCAUCAGUCUGCAAACCCUCCUGUAUUGCCCUUGAGUCAGCCAGUUGGACCUAUCAGUAAGUCUGCUGGAACUGGUGUCCUCCCCAUAAACCAGACCAUCCGCCCAGGGGUUUUACCUCUCAACCAGCCUGUUGGGCCCAUAAGCCGACCAGUUGGGUCUGGAGUUCUUUCAGUAAACAGACCUGUUGGGUCCACCGUCCUUCCUGUCAGUCCCUCUGUCACCCCUGGUGUUCUUCAGGCAGUCUCUCCAGGGAUGAUUUCUGUGAGUCGGACUGUCCCAUCAGGUGUCCUUCCUGCAGGCCAAAUGACCCCUGCUGGGGUUAUUCCUUCAGGACAGACAGCAACUUCUGGGGUUCUCCCUGCUGGCCAGAUGGUCCAAUCUGGGGUUCUCCCCAUUGGCCAGACAGCCCCGUCUGGGGUUCUUCCCCCUGGGCUCACAGUCCCAUCACGGGCACUUCCUCCUGGCCAGACUGUCCCCCUACGGGUUCUCCCUGCAGGCCAGGUGGUUCCACCUGGGCUCCUUUCUCCCACCCAGACAGUCUCGUCAAGCAUUCUCCCUGGGAACCAGGGUGUGAAUUCUGGUGUGCUGCAUCUCAGCCAGCCGGUCAUGUCAGGAGUUCUCCCUGUGAGCCAGCCAGUGAGGCCUGGGGUCCUGCAACUUAAUCAGUCUGUGAAUACCAACAUUCUGCCUGCCAAUCAGCCAGUUAGACCUGGUGCUUCACAAAACACAACUUUCCUGACAUCAGGCUCCAUUCUCAGGCAGCUGAUACCUACAGGGAAGCAGGUGAAUGGCAUUCCCACAUACACGCUUGCCCCGGUAUCUGUCACUUUGCCUGUGCCACCUGGAGGCGUUGCAGGUGUCACUGCACCCCAGGUGCCUAUCCAGCUCCUGCAGUCAGGCACAGCCUCACAAAUGGCCAGUCCUAUGGCUGGCAUGCCCUCUACCCCAGUGGUGGUGAAUGCAGCUCCAAACGUAUUCAUUCAGCCUUCCUCCUCCGUAGCCGAGGCAAGCCCGGUGCUCAAACAGGCAAAGCAAUGGAAAACCUGUCCCGUUUGCAAUGAGCUCUUCCCUUCCAAUGUCUACCAGGUCCAUAUGGAAGUGGCACAUAAGCACAGUGAGUCCAAAUCAGCUGAAAAGCUGGAGCCGGAAAAACUGGCUGCAUGUGCACCAUUUUUAAAGUGGAUGAGAGAGAAGACAGUUCGGUGCCUCUCUUGUAAAUGCUUGGUAUCGGAAGAAGAGCUCAUCCAUCACCUACUGAUGCACGGCCUGGGGUGCCUGUUCUGUCCGCGCACUUUCCAUGACAUCAAAGGCCUUUCAGAGCACAGUAGGACCAUGCACCUGGGGAAGAAGAAGGUACCUGUGGAUUAUAGUAACAAAGGUUUCCAACUGGAUAUUGAUGCCAAUGGCAACCUGCUGUUUCCCCAUCUUGAUUUCAUUACCAUGUUGCCAAAGGAAGAGUUGGGGGAGCGGGAAGUCUACUUGGCAAUACUGUCUGGGAUACACUCCAAGUCACUUGUGCCCGUGUAUAUUAAGGUGAGGCCUCAGAUGGAGGGUGCACCUGGGGGCCCCAGCAAACAGGCGUUGACCUGCCCUUUUUGCUUUGGCACCUUUGUGACAACCGAGGCGUAUGAACUCCAUUUGAAGGACAGGCACCACAUCACACCAACAGUCCACACGAUUUUGAAAUCCCCAGCUUUCAAGUGCAUCCACUGCUGUGGGGUUUACACUGGAAACAUGACCCUGGCGGCCAUCGCCAUCCACCUGCUGCGCUGCAGAAGUGCCCCGAAGGACAGCAGCUCGGACCUGCAAGUCCAGCCGAAUUUCAUUGAGAACAGUGAGCUACUUCUGGUCAAUGGCGAGGUGCUGCACGACUCCAGCUGUUCUGUAAAGAGGAAGCUGCCUGAUGGCCACUUUGGGGCAGAAGACCAGCGGGAAGGGGAGCAACGACCUCUGGCCAUAAACACCGAUGCGCCCCCGGCUCCAGAGAAGGUAACGAGUGUUGUGCCUCUUAAAAGACAAAGGAAUGAAAGCAGGACGGAGGGACCCCUUGUUAAUGAUGACGCUCUUCAGAUCUUAGCAUUAAAUCCCAAAAAAUAUGAAGACCGUUCUUAUGAAGAAAAAAAGCAAUUUCUUAAAGAUUAUUUCCACAAGAGACCAUAUCCUAGUAAAAAGGAAAUAGAGCUGCUGUCCUCACUCUUGUGGGUAUGGAAAAUUGAUGUGGCUUCAUUUUUUGGGAAAAGAAGAUAUAUUUGCAUGAAAGCAAUAAAAAGUCACAAGCCUUCUGUCCUUUUAGGCUUUGAUAUGUCUGAACUUAAAAAUGUUAAACACAGAUUGAACUUUGAGUAUGAACCACAAAACUUGUAAAAAAAAAAAUAGGAAAUUAGUACUUUUUUUCAAUUGAGAUUUAAAAAGAAGUUAUUUUCUUCACUGUAUGUUGAACUAAUCAAUUUCAGUGGUCUUUAUGCUGCUCUUUAGAUGUAUUUCAGGUGCUCAGCAAGACUUCAUAUGAAGAAGUGAUAGUUCUUUCAAGGUUAUAAUUCCCUGCAGUUGGGUUUUGUCACAUUUUUAGUUUUUUUCCUCUGUUGAGUAAAGUAAAUCUUUUGAUAUUUCGUGCACGGCUUGUUUUCCCAAUAGUGUCAGGGUCCUAUGAUAAUAACAAAUCUACAUGUUUGUUUUUUCAUUUAAGGAAAUUUCAGCUUGUUUCUGAA